AUGUUUCAAUUAAACGUUAUUGUUUGUGGUGGUGGUCUUGGUGGUAUUGCUUGCUCUAUCGGUUUAAAAAGAAAGGGACAUAAUGUCACCAUUCUUGAAGGAGCAUCACAGCUAAAUGAGGUUGGAGCUGGUAUUCAAAUUCCUCCUAACAGUGUAAAAAUUCUUAAAGAAUAUGGAAUCUUAGACAGAUUUUUACCAUACAUUACUAAACCAAAGAAUAUUAAUCUCAGAAGGUACGACACGGGUGAAGUUAUCAGUCGUACACCAUUAGACCCAGACAUGACUGAUAAUUACGGCUAUCCAUACUUAUUAAUUCACCGUGCCGAUUACAUUAGAUUAUUAUACGAAGCAGCUACUGAAAUGGGUGUUGUCUAUAAGACAAAUUCCAGAGCUGUGUCUGUCGACCAAGAGACUGUUACCGUUACGGUUGAAACCGGUGAAGUUUAUUCAGCCGAUGUUAUUGUUGGUGCCGAUGGUAUUCGGUCUGUGGUUCGUGAUACUGCUGUAGUUACAAGUAAAACAGUUGAACCAACCCCUUCUUCCAAUUGUGCAUUUCGUGCUACUAUUCCAAGAGCAGAAAUGUUAUCGGAUCCAAUUGUUGCUCACCUCAUGCACGAUAUCAACUCAAAUUGUUGGAUUGGUUAUAGAAGACAUGUUAUGGCAUAUCCUAUUAGAAAUGGUGAGUUAUAUAAUAUGGUAAUGUCUCAUCCUGGAAAAGCUUCUGUUGGAAAGUGGAGUGAGCCUGGCAACCUUGAGGAAAUGAAGGCUCAUUAUCAUAACUUUGACCCAAUUGUUAGACAACUUCUUACUCAUGUCAAUUCUGUUCUCAAGUGGGUCCUUGCUGAUUUGCCUAUGCUUCCACGUUGGGUCAGUGAAAGCGGGAGAGUUGUUAUCAUAGGUGAUGCUGCACAUGCUAUGUUACCAUAUUUAGCUCAAGGCGCUGCUCAAGCUAUUGAAGAUGGUUGUAGGUUAGCCGAAGAAUUGAGUAAAUGUACAUCUAAGUCUGAUAUUCCAUCGUCUCUCAGAGGGUUUGAAAGAUUGAGAAAGAAGAGAGCUGAUACUAUCAAGGCUGGUGCCGCGAAGAACGCCCAUAUCUGGCAUUUGCCAGAUGGUGAGGAACAGGAAGAAAGAGAUGCCCUUAUGAAACCUAGAGAUGGGCAUAACCCAGACCAAUGGUCCGACAGUGAGUUUCAAAGAUGGUUAUUUGGUUGGAAUGCGUUUACUGAUUAG